UAGUAAAUUAAAAAAAAAAAGAAUUAAUUUUGGUUAACAAAAUUUUUUUUAUUUUCAUAAAAUUUCUUAAUACCACAAAAUUAAAAGUUGCAAAAAAUGUUUCGCGUGCUUUUGAUCGUAUUUUGCCUAACAAUACCAACAGUCCUUUACGCUUCAACAGUUCUACCAGCGGACUUUUGUCAUUACGGAAGUAUCGAACAACAUCAAGCGCCACCGCCGCAAACAUUGCCCAAAGCCGAAGACAAUAGCAAUGCAAAUGAGGAGAAAUUCCAGCUGCGUUUAAGCGGUGGCAAUGGCGGCUUUUCAGGCUUUGCGAUACAAGCACAAGAUCCCAGUGGUGCACCAGUGGGCAGAUUUCAAAUUAUCGAUGAACAUAAUUCGAAAACUAUGGCUUGCAAGAAUUUGGAUGACACGAUCUUGCAUGCGGAAACUCAAGAGGAGGGCCCGCUCAAGAGUGUUGACUUUUCUUGGAUACCAGCUGGUUAUCAGGGCACUGUGCGUUUUGUUGCUACCUUGGCAAAGGAAGGAGGCCAGUGGGUGCGGCGCACACUUAAAGAGAUUAACGUGUGAAAUUUAAAUGUCCUAAACGAUACGUUUAUAAUUACCAUUAAGCCCAAUCAAUAGAAAUUUCAAAUAUAAAGAUUUUGUGUUAAGCAAAAUUUAAUACUAAAAAUUAA